AUGAUUCACGCAGCCGCGGGGUUUCAGAUUGGAAAGUUCCACUCGAACUCUCCGACAGUACUAUCGCUCCUGGGGGAAUCAGCAAAAUCCGCUAUCAAGUCGAUGAAUUUGGACAAGCAGGGAGAAACUGAGCGCGUUCUAGGCAUGGUGUGGUCGACAACGGAGGAUGUGUUUACUUUUGAUACGGCGGCCCUACCGAAUAUACAGCAACUAGUAAAGAGCAGUACCGUGCCAACAAAGCGUCAAGUUUUGCGAGCAGUGAUGACCCUAUUUGAUCCCCUCGGAUUAAUUGCUCAUUACGUAGUACAUGGAAAGAUACUCAUGCAGGAGAUUUGGAGGUCCGGAACCGAUUGGGAUGAACCAAUAGCUGAUUAUCUUCAUGAUAUGUGGUACCGCUGGAUCGAGUCACUCAGCCAAUUAUGUAACGUGAAGGUUCCUAGAUGUUUCUUCAAUGGAGUGAGACCUCAUGCACUUCAGCUCCAUGUAUUCGUUGACGCCAGCGAAAUGGCAUACGCUGCAGUAGCAUAUUUGCGACUGGAUAAAGGAACUGGCCGAAGAUGCGCAUUAGUAGCAGCGAAAACCAAAGUUUCACCAUUGAAGCCAUUGUCAGUUCCUCGACUUGAGCUACAGGCUGCCAUGCUUGGAACGCGACUCACGCAAAGCGUCAUCUCUUCAUUAACACUACCAAUCGAAAGCCGCUAUUUCUGGUCAGAUUCUUCUACAGUCCUGUCAUGGCUACGGUCGGAGCAUCGGCGAUACCAUCAAUUCGUGGAAUUCCGCGUCGCAGAGAUUCUUUCUCUAACGAGCGUUGACGAAUGGAGGUAUGUUCCUACAAAGCUGAACGUUGCCGAUGAUGCAACUAAGUGGGGAAGCGGGCCAAGGUUUCAACCUGAUCAGCGAUGGUUUCAAGGUCCGGCGUUUCUGUACGAUUCCGAAAAUUACUGGCCAUCGAACAACAGGGUAAUUAGCGCAACACCAGAGGAGCUGCGACCUAUGUUUCUGCACCAAGCGAAUGCAAUGCAUAGUUUGUUUGAUCUAACACGUUUUUCCGACUGGAACCGACUACUAAGGACUGCGGCGUAUGUGUUUCGAGCAGUAUCAAAGUUCAAAAAUCAACGAACUACGGGUGGCCACUACAGAAUACUACAGAAAGAAGAAUUCGCGAUGGCAGAAACAGCGUUGUUGCGACAAAUUCAGGCUGAAGCAUUCCCGGAUGAAGUUGCUCUAUUGAGUAAUAACACUGAGAAACAAAUUGUGACGAAGUCCAGUCACAUAUACACACUGACUCCGUUCUUAGACGACGCAGGUGUUAUACGAAUGGGCAGCCGCACAGAGAAAGCACCGAACCUAGCUUAUGAAACAAAAUAUCCCGUUAUCCUUCCUAAAAACCACACUGAACUACACUUCUAG